GCUGCUUGCGAAAUAUCUUCCAUUACCAUUACCGCUACCGGUGGGAACUGGGAACCAGAAACGAGACGACACCGACUCACAAUCUUCUUCGUAUUCUUUCUCUCUCUCCCUCCUUACUCGUUGUUUGUCUGUUCUUUUUCCUCCUCGUAUCCAUUCAAAAAACCUCAACUUUGUUUCAAGUCAAUAAGACUGUUUUAGAUGAAAAUACUGAAGUCUUUAUUUCCUCUCAUGGGUUCCUGGGUUCUGAAAACCCUAAUAAUUUCUUCUUUUUUCACAAACUCAUAUUUCGGUUGACUUCUCAACAUGCCCUUAGUUCUAUUUCUACCUAGAAUUAGAGCAACGAAGACAAAAGAAGAGAAAUGGGUGAAGAGGUACAGACAAGGCAGUAUGGAGGUGGUCUUAGCUGUGGAGAAGAGGCAAGAGUGCUCGAGUGGGAAGUCGGCCUGCCCACCACCGAUGAUCUCACCCCCUUGUCUCAGCGUUUGAUCCCUAUGGAGCUCGCUUCCGCUUUCAGUAUAACCCCCGAGCCUCGUCGAAACGUGUUCGAUGUCAAUCGUGCCUCGCACAACACCCUAUCCAGCAUCUCUCGCCAGUCCUCGCAGUCUUUCCCUUCCAAUCACCUCAAGUCCUUACCUUCCUUUUCCGAGGAUAGGACCCGCGAUGCCAUGGUCAUUGAAGGGGAUGACAACGAUGCCGGAUUUUCCGCCAAGGAUAUCUCCGAUUCGCGCAAGGUACGAAGACCUGAGAGCCCCGAAGAGGCAGAUUCGGCCUUGAGAACGGAGAAUUCUAUGGAUGAUCACUCUGCCCGCACCUUGAAGAGGCCACGCUUGGUGUGGACUCCUCAGCUCCACAAGCGAUUUGUAGAUGUCGUCGCGCAUCUGGGUAUCAAGAACGCCGUGCCCAAGACCAUCAUGCAAUUGAUGAACGUGGAGGGUCUGACGCGGGAGAACGUCGCCAGCCACCUCCAGAAGUAUCGUCUCUACCUCAAGAGGAUGCCGGGCCUGUCAAAUGACGAGGGCCCAUCCUCUUCCGACUAUCUUUUUGCAUUGACCCCUGUGCCUCAGAGCUUGCACGAGCCCUCUCCCCACGGCCACGGGCACAUGCCACUUCCGAUCCCUUAUCCACCACCCAUGAUGCCCAUUCCGGUCCUUGGCGUGACCCAUGCUCACGGCCAUAUGGGGAUACCUGUCGGACAUCCGGCUUCUACCGCAUAUCACGGUUUCGAGUCACAUCCCUAUAACAUGUUCAGGGAGAAGCCGUGAAGAAUGGUCUGGUAAUAACUUGGCUUGUAUUUUAUCCUAUUCACAUGUCACUCAAGAUGAUAAAUAAAAAAUCUCAGAUUUUUCAUCUCACCUGAGAGGCAA